CAACCCAAAUAUAGUCUAUCAUGCUGUUUUCCAAAAAAUCCUUGCUUGCCCUCGUGGCCUUCAUCACCAGCACGUUGGCCAUCCCAGCCCCGGAAGCUGGCGAAUUGAUAGCACGGCAGACAUUGACGCAGAGCCAGACUGGCACGAACAAUGGUUACUACUACAGCUUCUACACCGACGGUGCGAGCAACAUCAAAUACACGAACGGUGCAGGGGGCACUUACAGUGCGACAUGGAGCAACAACGCAGGCAACUGGGUUGGUGGCAAGGGAUGGUCCACGGGAAGUCGACGUGCAGUGAGCAUCUCGGGGACUUAUAGUCCCAAGGGAAACAGUUAUUUGAGUGUGUACGGAUGGAGCCGAAAUCCUCUUAUUGAGUACUACAUCGUCGAGAACUUCGGCACAUACAACCCAUCCAGCGGCGCGACGCAUAAGGGAACUGUAACGAGUGAUGGCGGCACAUACGAUAUCCUCAUGAGCACCCGCACCAAUGCUCCCUCUAUCGACGGUACUAAGACGUUCCAACAGUAUUGGUCAGUGCGCCAGUCAAAACGUACUGGCGGGACUGUUACGACUGGGAACCAUUUCGAUGCGUGGGCGAAAUUGGGGAUGAAGCUUGGGACAUUUGAUUAUAUGAUUGUCGCCACUGAGGGUUAUCAGUCUGCUGGCUCUGCUUCUAUCACAGUCGCGUAG